AUGUCGCGCAAUCUACAAUCCAAUAUUGGCGGUAGCAAGAUGAAUCCUAAUCACCAUUCCGGCUAUGUAUCAUCAUGGGACUCUGAUUCCACACCUUCGGCGAUGACCAACUCUGAUCCCAGCGAUGCCAUGGGCAGGGCUUCCACUAAUACACGAUCCGACUCAUCCACUGCCAGUGCCUCCCGACUAACUUCCUCGUCUGCGUCCUGGUCUACGAAUUCUCCUAUCCCAGUCUUGAAAAGCAGACUUUGUCGUCGCUGUGGCGAGCGUGGUCACUUGGCUAAAAACUGUCGGCUGAAUCACGUUUCUGGCUCGUACUUUCAAGCAGACACCGCAUCCACCGUGUCCUCAGAUGAUGCGAUUUCGACUUCUGCCAGCACACAACACUUCUGCGCUUCGCCACAUUCGGGUCAAGACCUAGUCGACCUAAAAGCAGACACAGACGACGAUGUAGGAGUUGAAGAGCCAGAGCCUGCCGAAAACAUACCGUACAUCAAGCACACACCCAGGAUCGCCAAACAAUGGUCGGACCUCGACCCAGACGACAUCCGAAAGAAAGUCGAGGCCGAGCGAGCCUUCAGCAUGCCUCUCGCUGACAAGACGUUGAUCGAUGAAGAAUUGACCCAUGAGGCGGCGAGAGUUGCAGCUAAUGCGACCGUUCCAGUCCAGCUCACGCGGAAACGCAAGGGUAGAAAAGGAAGAACUUGGUAUGACUUGUCACCAUUCGUCAAUACUUGA